GCUCGUCCCGCUCGUGCUCGCUGCGCCCCCUGAGCCAAGCCGCUGCCCGAGACCGUACACUGCCCGCCGCUGUUCCGCCGCCGCUGCUGAGUGCAAGAUGAGCCCGCCAUCCCCAGCAGACCGACGGGAGCUGACGGUGCACAUGCCGCCGGGGGAGGAGAAGAAGCAGCUGGAGGACGACCCGUGGGCGCUGCCCGAGCUGGCCCCGGCCGGCAAACCGUGGGCAGCGAUGUCUCCCGGAGAGAAGCGGCAGCGGGUGGUCGUCAACGUGGCCAAGCUGGUGUGCCUGUUGAGCCUGCUGUACCUGUUCAUCUGCUCGCUGGACUUCCUGUCACAGGCCUUCCGACUCGUCGGCGGCCGCACCGCCAGUCAGGUGUUCGCCAAGGACGAGAUGCUGGCGAACCCGGUAGUGGGCCUGAUGAUGGGCUGCCUGGUGACGGUGCUGGUCCAGAGCAGCUCCACCUCCACCUCCAUCAUCGUCUCCAUGGUGGCGUCCGGACUGCUGAAGGUGCGGACCUGCGUACCCAUGAUCAUGGGCGCCAACAUCGGCACCAGCAUCACCAACACGCUGGUGUCCCUUACGCAGGUGUCCGACCGUAACGAGUUUCGGCGCGCGUUCGGUGGCGCCACCGUGCACGACAUGUUCAACUGGCUGAACGUGCUACUGCUGCUGCCGCUGGAGGUGCUGACCCAGGCGCUGACCCCCUCCGGACAAGGCUACUUGGAGUACACGACCGACACCAUCCUCAACUCCAUCAACCUGGAGACGUCGAAGGGAACCAAGAUGAAGCUGCUGAAGGUGAUCACCACGCCCUUCACGUCGCUCAUCAUCAAGACUGACAAAAAAGUUCUGAGUGAAUGGGCCCUGAACAACACGGAGUACUACAACGCGUCGUUGGUGAAGCAUUUCUGCAAGUUCGGCACCGAGAUCCGCGACCUGGGAGACAAUGUCACCGAAACUCUCCACUUGCCGCUGGAACGGUGCCCGUCCCUGUUCAGCCAAACUGACAUUCCGGACCUGUACGUCGGCCUCAUCCUGCUGGUGAUCGCGCUCGUCAUGCUCUGUGGCUGCCUCGUGCUCAUGGUGAAGAUCCUGCACACCCUCCUGCAAGGCGUCCGUGAUCCGGACGACGCUGAACGCCGACCUGCCGCACUUCUCCUGGCUGACCGGCUACCUGGCCAUGCUGGUCGGCUGCGGCAUGACCAUCCUGGUGCAGUCAUCCUCCGUCUUCACGUCGGCGCUGACGCCGCUGGUCGGCUGCGGCGUCAUAUCGCUGGAUCGCAUGUACCCGCUCACCCUGGGCUCCAACAUCGGCACCACCACCACGGCGCUGCUGGCCGCGCUCGCCGCCUCCGGCAGGACGCUGCGGCCCAGCAUUCAGAUCGCCCUCGUCCACCUCGUCUUCAACAUGACCGGCAUCUUUGUCUUCUACUCGCUGCCGGCGCUGCGCUGGCCCGUGCCGCUGGCGCGCGGCUUGGGCAACAUCACCGCCCGCUACCGCUGGUUCGCCGUAGGCUACUUGAUCGGCAUGUUCAUGGUGCUGCCGGCUAUGGUGUUCGGACUGUCCAUGGCCGGACCGCGGUCACUAUAUGCUGUCUGUGGCGUUGCCAUGGCAACCGCGCUGUUCGUUGCCACGGUAACCAUGUUGCAGCGGCGUGCCCCGGGCUUCUUGCCGACACCGCUCCGCACCUGGGCGUUCUUGCCGGCGCCGCUGCGCAGCCUCGAGCCCUAUGAUAGGUUCGUCGGCGCCGUGACAUCACGCUGCUGCUGUGGAUCCGCUGCCACGGCAACCGAUGACGACUCUGUGACACGGGAGAAGCGCGAAGCGAUGGCGGCGUUCCGUGGCGGCGUCGACAAUCCGGCGCUGGAGGCGGACGUAGCGCGGGUAUGAGGACAUCGGGAAGUCAGGCGGGUCACCGCCAAGGGGCAAGUGAUAGCAGGGGCGCACCCAGCAGCUUGUUCCUAGGGGUUCAACGAGAGGGUGGUUUCGCGUACUUCUCCCACCUUUUAUUGGUAGGUCCGGGAUCAGAGGUUGCGUGCUGCUGGGUUCGCUGCCGCGUGCGCCAUUGUUCGCGUCACAAUGCAGGCGGUGUGAGGAUGCAGGCAGCGCCCGGCGAUGGUCCGCCGGUGUCACUGGGUACAACAAACGGGUCCGCACCCUCACACGCACACACUACUGCUCCUUCGUAACGGGAUCUAAGUGAUUGCGACCGUGCCAACAAAUCGCUCGACAUGCUCCCGUCGUAGCUCACCUCGUACAGCCUGUGGGACAGUCAGAUCUGGCUGCAGAUCUGACUGAACAACAGAUCUGACUGCCGUGUUUAGAUGGCUUCUUUGUUCGCUCCGAGUAGGUGUACGUGUAUUUAUUGUAGAAUAGUAUUUAUAUUAAAACUACCUGUGUGCUAUUUAUACAAUGUCACUGAGUAAUUUAAGAGCCGUGCACGGUUGUGGCGUUCACACAGCCCUCGUAUCCACGCGCGUCCCGUCACGUGCGCUGGUCCAGCGGUCCUUGACCCAGCCCAGCGGCCCGUCCCUCGGGCCAGCCGUGGCUGGGCCUCCAGGCCGCUGGGCCCAGCGCCGAGUUUCAAUACAGCGGUCGGACGGGAGA